CUUACUGCGACUAUUCCUGUCGCGAGUAGGCUUAAAGGAAAGAUGGCACCUUCCCCAACAAAGAGGAAGGAGGAUGACAAAAGUAAACAGCGUGGUAAAGAGAAGUCAGAAACCAAAAAAGAGGGAGCUGACAAAGACAGGGGUCGAGAGAAGAACCGGACACGACGCAGUGCUUCCAGUGGCAGCAGCAGGUCCAGCUCCAGCUCCAGCAGCAGCUCGGGUUCCAGCUCUGGAUCCUCCAGUGGCUCCAGCUCCUCUGCCUCCAGCCACUCGGGCUCCUCCAGCUCCCGCUCCUCUUCCUCUUCAUCCUCAUCCUCCUCGCCGAGCCCCAGCCGCCAACGCCACAACAACAGACGACGGUCACGCUCAAAAUCAAAAUCAGCAAAGAAGGAUGACAGAGAUCGACGACGUAGAAGCCCCACACCCAAACCUACCAAGGUCUACCUGGGCCGGCUGACCAGAAAUGUCAUCAAGGAACACAUCCAGGAGAUCUUCUCCACUUAUGGCAAGAUCAAGAUGAUUGACAUGCCGAUGAACCGCAUCCACCCUCAUCUGUCCAAGGGCUACGCUUAUGUGGAGUUUGAAACCCCUGAGGAGGCAGAGAAGGCCCUGAAACACAUGGAUGGAGGUCAGAUUGACGGUCAGGAAAUCACAGUCACGGCCGUGCUGACUCCCACAGUGCGUCCCCCUCCUCGCAGGCUGUCCCCUCCACGCAGGAUGCCUCCUCCACCCCCGAUGUGGCGGCGAACUCCUCCUCGAAUGCGGAGAAGGUCUCGGUCUCCUCGGCGACGCUCUCCGGUGCGGCGCAGGUCUCGAUCACCCGGCCGACGCCGCCACCGGUCACGCUCCAGUUCCAACUCUUCCCGCUAGAGAUUUGGAAACUCCCUGCCCUCCCCUGUACAUCUGCUCUUGUUCUGUUCUGUCCUUUUGAUCAGUGCGACAAAACAAGAAAAACAUUUUUGUGCUGUUACACCAAUACGUGAUGAGAACACAGGCACCAGAAUUAUUACUCACCCAGUAAAUUAUUUUUGAGUAUGAAAAUGAUGUGAAUCUUAUAUGUUGGGCUUCACAGUCAACAGAUCUCAAGAGAUUCUGGACCAACAUGUUAGACAGCGGUCUGCUAUCAUCAUUAAAUCACAAAAUGAGGAAAUACCUUUUGGAAGAAUGGAGCUCAUCCCUCCAGCAGAGGUCCAGACACUUGGAUAAUCAAUGCAAAGGCGCACUGAAGCUGUUCUGGCAGCAUGUGGUAGCUGCUUAAUAUUUGUUUUACCUUUAAUUUAUUACCUGUCUAUAUAUACAAUCAUAAAACCAACACUAAAAUAUGUUUCAUUUCUAAAUAAAUUAAAAGACAUUAGCAAAAUAUAUUGCAGACAUUUCCAGAAAGCCUUUGUUUCUAGUAUAGUGUUGUCUUUCUAAAGAACACUGUCUGAAAGGUCUGGAACUAACUGCUGACCCCUGCUAUAGGAAGUGAAAGUGGUUACUCGGGAGACAUGACUGUUCUGCAGAAAAAUAGAGGUUCCUCACUGUGCACUGAGUCUCUGUUGAAUAUGAUUAAGAUUAUAAUUUCAGGAAGGUUGCAGCUAGGUGUAGCCCAUAUAAUACAACAUUUUUUUUUAGGAUACUGAUGUCAGCACUCAUGAGUGUAUAACACCGUAUAUGUAAAAACACAACCUAAUCAAAUUGUGAUAGAGAUCAACUUUUUUUUCCCUCCUUUUUCCUUCGAAUGAACAUUUUACUGUGAAAAUAAACCUGUUCCACCUACUUUUCAAAAAAUGACUUUAAACAUAUUUCACCUUGCAAUUUCUCAGUGGUGUCGGCAUACCUGCAGCGAGCUAAAAUUUUCUACUAUAUCAGCCUGGUCAAUGUAUCACUUUACAUCCUGCUUGGGUAUUUUACACAUUUGCACAGGUGAAGGCUUUUUGUGUAUUGUGCACACCAUUUGACUUAAAUCUACCAAUGUAUCUAAUGCUGUGAUGUCACCAGUCCUGCUUUUGCACUGAAAAAUCAGUAUAAAGUUCAUUGUUAAGCUAUAUUUAAGCCAUAUGAUAAAAAACUGCUUUUUCCAGUCGCUUACUAUCGUAUAUUGAAGGUGUAUUAGGGUGGAGCAUAUAAUCUACUGAUUGAUUCUAGUGUCUGUGUUCUCGUCACUUUAAAACUGUUUUAAUAUUUAUUUAUUGAUAUAAUCAAUAUGUUAGUCAAUGAAAUCCAUCCAAAAGGGACCAGAUCUCGAAUUUUAGUGCUAUCUGGUGUCAUUUUAGUACAUUAUUAACACAGUUUAUAUGGUGCUAUUUGUCAUAAUUUAGGUAUAAAUUUACUGUUACCCUCCCCUUCUUUGAGAAAUCACACACUUCAUCUGCCACUUCUAUGGCAGUAAGGAAUAUAGGGGAUGCUGGACUAAAUAACAGGAUUCCCAUACAAUAAACAAGACCCUAGUGAAUGGCUGACUAGUGGUGCUCAUACUGUUCAUCUUUUGUUGAAACUGUCAGAUGCUGGGAUGGGGCCGACCCACUAACAGCUGAUGUGUUUUUGCUCUGUGCUGUCAUUUUGCAACAUCUGACCAAAUUUGUGAGUGAUGUUCCAGCACCAGUGCUUUGAGUGAAUUCCAAAGACAACGGAACAAAUGUGUCACAUCAAGUUUCUGUUUCAACAGAAGUCUGAAAAUGACAGUCAUUACUGCUCUGUCAGUACUAAAAGGUCAGAGGGUCACUGUGUCGGGAAUCUCUGUUCUUUUUGUCCACCUCCUCCCUCAUAGGUAACCUCUCAUUCAGACGUUUGUGUUUUGAAUUGUGGGAGUGAGAGUUAUGUUGCUUUUAUUAGCGCCAGACUGAUAAAGUGUCUGUGAAUCAUUUUGUGUUUGUGUCUCAUUUUGUGCAGCAGGCAAAGUGUGCUGUUCAUCUUGCGGUUCUGACAAUAAAGCUAUGUUUUAAAGUGGG